GUGAUUUCCUGUAGGGAAUCGCUGAGGGGUAACCCGACGGCGUCGCUGCCAUGGACCCCUUCCUAGUACUGCUGCACUCGCUGUCCGGCAGCCUGUCGAACAGCGAUCUGAUGGAGCUAAAGUUCCUGUGCCGUGAGCGCGUAGGCAAACGAAAGCUGGAGCGCGUGCAGAGUGGCCUGGACCUGUUCUCGGUGCUGCUGGAGCAGAACGAUCUGGAGCGCGCCCGCACCGGGCUGCUGCGCGAGCUGCUCGCCUCGCUGCGCAGACACGACCUACUGCAACGCCUAGACGACUUCGAGGCGGGGGCCGCGGCCGCGGCCUCGCCGGGGGAGGCAGAUCUGCGGGUGGCAUUUGACAUCGUGUGUGACAAUGUGGGGAGAGACUGGAAGAGACUGGCCCGUCAGCUGAAAUUGUCUGAGGCCAAAAUUGAUGGGGUUGAGGAGAGGUAUCCCCGAAGCCUGAGUGAUCAGGUAAGGGAGACUCUGAGGGUGUGGAAAAUUGCCGAGAGGGAGAAAGCCUCGGUGGCUGGACUGGUAAAGGCACUGCGGGCCUGCCGGCUGAACCUGGUGGCCGACCUGGUAGAAGAGGCACUGCAGGCCCAGGGGUCUGUGAAUGAGAGUGAGGAUGGGUCCCCAGUGCUAUGGGACCCAGCUGUGUCUUCCUCAGAAACACCGUGACAAGCCUGAUGCUCCCUUCUGGAGUCACUGUGGACUUGAUACACUGAUUCAUCACCAAGUGCCUUCUGUUCCUGGUGCCAAGAAGACCUUGUUGAUCCAGGCCAGAGCCCGUUCACAAGCUUGAACUGGCUCCUGAAGCCAAGCUGUAUGUCUAGAACCUCUGCUCCCUGAACUUUGGGGACACAUGGAGGGUUCCCUUCGUGUUCUCCACUGCUGCUCCUUCCCUGGAGAGAAGUCCCUGGUCGUCUCACAAGGAGGAAGUUGGAGCUAACGGCACACGUGUUGAAAGUUUGAGAGCCUUCCUGUUGUUCCCCGGGGAAGGAUACCAACUCAGUUCAGAGCACUUGGCUGCCUCACAGUUGGCCCUGAGGACAUCUGUCCCAUUUCCUUGGAGGCCAUCAGAGAGCAGCACCUGACCCCCAAACAAGUGGUCCUUGCAGGAGCCUGGCACACCUCACCCUGGCACAUCAGCUCCUGCGAGCACUGAUUCCAAAAUUCAUUGCCUAUUCAAAUUGCUGCCUCUGGGAAGGACUGGUUUAAAGGGUGGCUCCCCUGUUUCUACCAUGGCAUUCAAACAAGUUCCCUGGGCCGAGAUGUAAUGGCUCACUCUAAAAUCCUAGCACUUGAGAGUUGAGAAUUUCUGCACUCCAUGGCAACAGGAAUAAGACCUACACAUGAGACUGUCUCACAAAAACAAGCAAGUGUCUACCUGGAAACACCUGUAUCACCUAGGAUUUCUGCUAUGUUAAGAACCCUUCUAAUCUCAGAAGUAUGGCAGGCUGACGACAGUGUCCUUACAGCCCUAGGUGCUAGUUGUGAAUGGGGUGGUGGGAUUUCCUGUCUGGUUUGCUUCACAUCAGCAAGGGGCCUUGACUUGCCACACUUUGUGGCCAAGCUUUCCAACCUUUGGCUGUAUACACCUUUGAUCAUAGCACUCAGGGAGAUAGAGGCAGGUGGAUCUCUGACAGUGAAGAGCGGCACCUCAUGUCCUAAACCUAGUGUUUGCUUCACAAGUGACCAGCCUGGGUCCUGUGCUCUAACAUGGGUCAAAUGCACUGAGGUCCUGUGCCCUCCUUUUCUCCUCUCUGCUCUGUCCACCCCACCAGGCAGAUGACCCCUCAGCACACUUGGGAUCUCCUCACCCCCUUCCCCAUAAUUGUUGGUCCCUCACUGCUGCAUUCCUCGGGUGCACCCUCCCCAGCCUCAGGCCUGCUGUGCUUUUCAGUCUAACACCUAUCCAUCUGGCUGAUCUGCCUUGCUCAAACUCUUGGCCACCGAGGCCUCUCCUGACCACUCUGGGGACUCGUCCAGUUUUCUAUGACCCCAUAUCCCACCUGCCUGUAGCCACAACCCUCGUGUCUUGGCUCCCUAGAAUAUGCAAAGGCCUGUUCAAGGUCUUUGGUGGGUGUUUGCUGUGCUCCUCUCUAGUCCCUCCUCCUUUCCCCCCAUUUUGAGGGUUUUUGGUUUGUUUUGAAACAGGGUGUCAUAUAACCCAGAUAUAACUUAGGUUGGCCUUAUAACUGAAGUGGCCUUGAACUCCUUCCUGACCAUCCUGCCUCUGCUUCUCAAGUGCCAUGGUCACCAGCGUGGUAGCCUCACCCAGGCCCAAGUCUUUCGGGCCCGCACUCUAGGCAGCUUGGGCAACCCCACUGAGACACUUGCAGAUGCCUUUUAAAUGUCCUGUGGCAAGUCACAGAUUGGUGGACUUGGAUUUCACUUUCUAUCUUUUUUUUCUUUUUUUUUAACAGCUUAGGAGUCCAAACUGGCUGUCCAGGGGUCAGUUCAGAUGUGAGCAGGCCUGUGUCCUUCUAGAUUUGAGAGAAUGUUCCAUGGCUUUUGGAGCCCCUUCACUGUGUCAUUUGCUGCAUUUCCCUCCCCUCAAGUGACAGUUUAGUAUCAGGUCUCAGUUGCUGCUGCUACAGACCUUGUGGGCUACCACAGGAAUUUAUCCCUUUGUACAGAGUCCCUUCAACCAUGUUGGAGGAUUAAAACAUGGGUAUCAUCAGGGUUAGCACUCCACAAAUCUGCAUCUACCCAGCUUGUGCCCAGAUUUGUCCUGGAUGCUUCAACACAAUCCCACUCCCCUGUUAAUGGCCAGUCAGAGCCAACACUCACCUUGUCUACCUUUCACUCCUCAGCUCCUAGCAGGACCUUGGCUCCUGCCCAUCCCCCACCAAUGGUUGGAACCACAGAUCCGCCCGUUCCUAGAAGCCAGCUGCCCUGCAUAUUUUUAGCUUCCUAUUUUUGAAUUCCACAAUCAUUUCUGAGUCAUCCAGCUGACUGCCUUCUGGUCACAAGGUCCCUGUGUGGACCAUAUUUCAAACCAGACAGUGGAACAUGAUGUGAUGGAAUGUGUGAUGUAGCCACCAUGGACCAUGGCCUUCCAGUAGCUGAUGCAAAGGCAGUACUGGUUUGCUAGAAGAUGUGGGCUGGGAAGCCCACACAACCUCAAGUCAUGUGCUAAGUGGAGGCUGGCCUGAGGGUUACUUGCCGGCCACAGGACUCAUUAUCACCAAGGCUUCACUGAACCAAAGCCAAGUGACAGGGCUGGAGGUUUUUGGGUGUGGCUAGAACAGGACAGCAUGGUAGGGAUAUGUGUAGAGGUCCACAGCUCCCAGACUCCCAAAGCCUAAAUGGACUAUAGAGGUGAUGUAUAGUCCUUGUCCAUCAAAAUAAAGCAGGCAUGCUGCUCAUACCUGGUGUCCCAACACUGGAGACUGAGGCAGGAGGAUUGCUGCAUUUUAAGACCAUCCUAGGCUACAGAGACCUCAUCUCAAACAAAAAGCCAAGUAUGGCGUGGUAUAUACACCUGUAGUCCCAGCACUUGGGAGGCUGAAUGGGAGGGGCAGCUCUAGGCCGGGUCUCUUACUGAGUCCAAGUCCAGUAUAAACUGCAUGAGAGCCUAUCAAAAAAACACCAACCCCACAGCCCAGAAAACCCCACACUGCAUAUUGGGGUAAGCACAGGACUCCUAUAGAGUGCAGAAGACAAGUCUCUGUGCUCAGUAGUGACUGCAGCAGGUCAUUUCCAACACUUGGGGUCCCUGAACUGUGUGAUAGUUAUAGUUAGAGGGGCCUGUUGUGUGUUUUCUCAGCUGAUUGAUGUGCACCUAAUUACAUUGCUAAUUUGAAUUCUGUAUCUUUGGCAGGCCUGAGGUCUGGGAGAUCUAGUCCAGUUUUUUAUAUAGCCAAGUUCUACUGGUAGUAAAAGCAUAGGGCAGUGGCACUUUUUCCCAUAGGUCUCCUGGCUGGAGGCAUAGGACACAGCUAGUGCCCUCCAGAUGAGGUCAUCAGUCAGCACACAUACACUACAUUUCUCUCUUUUGCCUGUUCACAGCUAAAACCCAGGUCAACACCUGAUGGCAGCUGAAACUGUCACCAACUUGACUAUAGAUAAAGUCUUUGCUUCCUCUGAGUUUGCACAGACACAUUGAAAGACCCAUGUGUUCCCUGGCUUCCCCACCAGGUAGGAAAAACACAUACAAAGAUGCUGAGGUUUCUUUUCACUAGAAAGCCAACUUGGGCAGGGAUAGUCACCCUCCAGGAUCAAGUAUGUCUAUUGGUGCUAUGCCCAUCCAUGGUUCCCCUACAGCCCUGGCCCAGGACGCAGAGGAGAUGCUCCCUACUUGCCAUAUUACCUCAGGCCUCUGGAGGGGUGGAACUCCCCAAGUAAAUCAAUGGCUGCUUGCACAAGCUCAUGCUGUAACAGACCUCCAGACCUUAGCACAACUGACUCCAUGAAGGAAGUGCCAUUCAGACUGUAACACUCAGCAUGUAGACAGUACUGCCUGUCAAAACAAAAACAAAGACC